GACAAAAGCCUGGCAAUGCGGUCAGAAGGGAGAGCUGAGGCACCGGCCUUCCCACCCAUGCAGGCCAUGGAGAGCGAGGUCAAUGUGUGCUACAAGGAGCUGUGCGGCCCCCGGCCGAGCCCCCAGCUCUUGACCAACCAGCUGCAGCGGCUGUGCGUGCUCCUAGACGUCUACCUGGAGACUGAGAGCCACGACGACAGUGUGGAGGGGCCCAAGGAGUUUCCCCAGGAGAAGAUGUGUCUGCGGCUUUUCAGGGGUCCAAGUAGGAUGAAGCCAUUUAAAUAUAACCAUCCUCAGGGAUUCUUCAGCCACCGCUGACCUCCUGCUCAGCCAGUUGCUUCUCCCAAGAUCCUGCUCUGGGCUUCUGCUUUCUGCUUUGUUCACAUGUGGCUCUUAAUCGUCGCUGAGAACACUAGCCAAUAAAAGUGUCACUUG